AUGGAGCCCCCAUGGAAGAAGAGUGACCCUCAAUUUUGGCUCCUGCUGCCAGGGUGGCUCCAGAACAAAGAAAAAUACGGAAACAUUCACAAUGGCAGAUUCGAGGUGGAUCUCUACCGAAAUGAGGCGGCCUGCCAGACUCCCCUGGACCGGCAGUACCACCAGGAGAUCCUGAAGCUGGAGAAGGCUGGAGGUCGGAAGAACUAUCGCAUCUUCACGUACACUGAUCAUGACAGAUUCACCAACCUGGAGGAGCACUGCCAGAAAGUAACUGACUCCGAUGAUGAGGUGCCAUCAUAUCUGGCACAGAGAAUGGCCACUGUGAGGAGGAGAAGACAAGACCGUAGGCCAAUAGAAGGGAGUUCUCUGAAGUCGAAAGUCAUCACCUGGGAGCCCUCAGAAGAAUUUAUAAAGAACAAUCAUGUGAUUAACACUCCUGUUCAGACCAUGUACAUCAUGGGGGACCUGGGUCCAUAUGGAAAGCUUGGGCACAGGGAGUAUGAGCAUGUGCUUUGCACAAUCAAGGUGGACAGCAAUGGUGUGAUCACAGUGAAGCCUGACUUUACUGGCACAAAAGGAGCCUACCGAAUUGAGGUGGAUGGAGAGAAGCGCGAGCUGUGGACGUACACCGUUGAGAACGCGUCUGCCCCGGUGCAGCAGGAGGACGAGGAGCGGGAGCAGCGGCUGUUCAGAGACCUGUAUAGUCGGCACAAAGAAUAUCUCAGCGGCCUUGUAGGCUCGGAAUUUGAAAUGCCUCUUCCUGGUGCACUACGGCUGUUUGUGAAUGGGGAAAUAGUUUCAGCUCAAGGCUAUGAAUAUGACAACCUCUAUGUUAAUUUCUUUCUGGAGCUGCCUAAAUGCUGGUCGAGCCCAGCAUUCCAGCAGCUCUCGGGAGUGACGCAGACCUGUGCCACCAAGAAAGUGGGCAGGGAUAAUGUGGCAUACUUCUGCUACCUCUUCACUCUGGAGAUGUUCUUCACCCAAGAAGAUGAAUCAGAAGACUCCCUCCCUCAGUGGCCUGUCCUUUACUUUGAGGUUCUAUCCCUGGAUUUUUGGCAGAGGUAUCGUGUUGAAGGAUACGGCUCUUUGGUGCUGCCAGCCUCUCCAGGGCUGCACACAUUUACCAUCCCCACCUGGCGCCCUGUGGAGCUGGGGACAGUCUCGGAGCUGAGAAGGUUUUUCAUUGGGGGAUCUCCUGAACUGGAGGACUUAACCUACGUCAGGAUACCCACAACCUUCCAGGGAGGGCGUCUGAGCCGCCUCGGCUUUCGCACAAAGACCACGGGGACCGUCACCUUCCGGCUUCACUGCCUGCAGCAGUCUAAGGCUUUUCUGGAAACCAGUGCCCUGCGACAGCGCAUGCAGAGUGUGCUGGACCGGCUUGGAGGCUUCACUCAGCAGAGUUCUGUCUACAACGUUUUGGAGGCUUUCCGGAGAGCGCGGCGCCGGAUGCAGGAGGCGCGCCGGAGCCUGCCCCGAGACCUCGUCAGCACCGCGGCCUCCGCGCGCACCCCGGAGCCGUGA